AUGCCACCAUCGCCUCAGUCGGCCGACGCCUUUCUCCAGGACGGCUCGGACGCCUUCCAUGCGUCACUGGCCGCGCAGCUCGAGACGUCAAUGGGCAAGGCCAUGCCGCAGAUGGAAAUCCGCUUCCAGGACCUCUCCAUUUCGGCCGAUGUCUCCGUCGCCACCAAGGACGGCCAUGAGCUCCCGACGUUACUCAACCACGUCAAGAAGAUUGCGCGCGGCCUCGCUCGCAAGAAGCGUUCGAUCCGAAAAGAUGUGCUGCACCCGAUGUCCGGUGUUUUCAAGCCCAGCACGACGACGCUCCUCCUCGGCCAACCCGGCUCGGGCAAAUCGUCGCUCAUGAAGAUCCUCUCGGGCCGCUUUCCCAUGCACAAGAACAUCACGGUGGGCGGCCAGAUUACGUUCAACGGCGCCAAGUCCGAGGACGUCAAAGCGCAGCUGCCGCAGUUCACGGCCUACAUGAACCAGCGUGACUUCCACUACCCGACCUUGACCGUCAAGGAGACGCUCGAGUUUGCCCACGCAUGCAGUGGCGGCGGCGCCGUGCCUCAGCGCGUCCUCGACUCGCUCCAGUACGGUUCGCCCGAAGAGAACGCACAAGCCAAGGCUGUGAUUCAGUCGCUCUACAACGUCUACCCGGACAUUAUCACGCGCCAGAUGGGUCUCAAGAUCUGCGAAGACACGAUCGUCGGCAACGCGAUGCUCCGCGGUGUCUCGGGCGGCGAGCGCAAGCGUGUGACCGUCGGCGAGAUGGAGUUUGGCAUGAAGCAGGUCUCGUUCAUGGACGAGAUCAGCACGGGCCUCGACUCGGCGGCUGCGUUCGAUAUUGUCAAGUCGCAGAAGAGUAUGGCUGCGUCGCUCAAGAAGACGAUUGUGAUUGCGCUGCUGCAACCUUCACCCGAGCUGUACAACCUCUUUGACGAAGUGGUUCUCAUGAACGAAGGCCACGUCAUGUACCACGGUCCGCGGUCGCUGGCUCUCGAGUAUUUCGAGUCGCUCGGCUUCAAGUGCCCGCCCAAGCGCGACGUGGCCGACUUUCUGCUCGACCUCGGCACGCCGCAGCAGGCGCAGUACAUCGUCGACGGGACGACGUCGGUGCCGCGCACGCCCAGCGAUUACGCCGAUGUGUUUCGUCGGUCGGCGAUCUUUGCCGAGAUGAUGAGCCACCUGGAAGGCCCGCACCACCCGCUGCUGCUCGCGGACGCGGCCAAGCACAUGGCCGAGAUGCCGGCGUUUCAAGUGCCGUACAUGGAGAGCACCAAGAUGCUCAUUGCGCGUCAGCUCAAGGUCUUCCUCCGCAACACGGCGUUCGUCAAGAGCCGCUUCAUCAUGGUGCUGGUCAUGGGUCUCCUCUACGCGUCGACGUUCUACCAAGUGGACUCGUCCAACCCGUUUGUAGUGCUUGGUGUCAUCUUUACGGCGGUGCUCUUCCUCGCACUCGGCCAAGUGCCACUCAUGCCGGCGGCGCUGGACGCACGCAACAUUUACUACAAGCAGCGCGGCGCCAAUUUUUUCCGGACCUCGUCGUUCAUUCUGGCCCAGUCGUUCACCCAAGUGCCGUUCGCCUUGGGGGAGACCUUGGUGUUUGGCGCCAUCAUGUACUGGAUGACGGGCUUUGUGUCGGAAGUCGGCGCGUUCUUCGUCUACUUGCUGCUGCUCUUUCUGACCAACUUGUCGUUCGCGUCGUGGUUCUUCUUCAUUGCCAUGAUUGCGCCGGACUUGCACGUCGCCAAGCCCGUGGCGAUGCUGUCGAUCUUGUUCUACAUCUUGUUUGCGGGCUUUGUCAUCUCGCCGUCCAUCAUGCCCGACUACUUUAUCUGGAUCUACUGGAUCAAUCCGCUCAGCUGGUGCUUGCGCGCGCUCUCGAUCAACCAGUACUCGUCGUCCGAGUUCCAAGUCCCGGUCUACAAGGGCGUCGACUACAUGAAGCUCAAGAACGACACCAUGGGCAACGUCAUGCUCGAGACGUUUGGCCUCCAGACGGACACUGCUUGGAUCUGGUACGGCGCCAUUUACCUCGCAGCCAUCUAUGUCCUCUUCCUCGGCCUCUCGUACCUCGCCCUCGAGUACAAGCGCUACGACGCGCCGGAGAAUGUCUCGGUGGUGACGGUCGAAGCAGAGGAUGACGAUGUCGGUGACGGGUAUGUCAAGGCGCCCAAGACGCCGACAGAUAUCGGCAAUGCGGUGGAUGACGUUGCCGUACAUGUCGCCGGCUCAAGCUCGUUGUCACCCUCCGUUGUUAUGGCCUUUAAGGACCUCUGGUACUCGGUGCCCAACCCGACCAAGGGCGAGCCCGACUUGCAGCUACUCAAGGGCAUCAGUGGCUACGCUCUUCCCGGCACGAUCACGGCGCUCAUGGGCUCGUCCGGCGCCGGCAAGACCACCUUGAUGGACGUCAUUGCCGGUCGCAAAACAGGCGGCAAGAUCGAAGGUCAGAUCCUCCUCAACGGCUACGCAGCCACGGACCUCGCGAUCCGUCGUGCGACGGGCUACUGCGAGCAGAUGGACAUCCACAGCGAGAGCGCGACGUUCCGCGAGGCGUUCCAGUUCAGCGCGAUGCUCCGCCAGUCGGACGAGAUCCCAACGGAAGAGAAGAUGGCGUUUGCGGAAGAGUGCCUUGAGCUCCUCGACAUGAAGAACCUCGGCGACAAGAUCAUUCGUGGCGCGUCGGUCGAGCAGAUGAAGCGUCUGACGAUCGGUGUCGAGCUUGCGGCGGCGCCGAGCAUCCUCUUCUUGGACGAGCCGACGUCCGGUCUCGACGCUCGGUCGGCCAAGAUCAUCAUGACGGGCAUCCGCAAGAUCGCCUCGACAGGUCGCACCGUCGUCUGCACGAUCCACCAGCCGUCGACCGAGGUGUUUGAGAUGUUUGACUCGCUCCUCCUUCUCAAGCGCGGUGGCGAGACCGUCUUCUUUGGCGACCUCGGCGCGAACGCGAUCAACAUGAUCAGCUACUUCAAGUCGAUUCCCAACACGCCGCCGCUUGUCGAGGGUGCGAACCCGGCGACGUGGAUGCUCGAAGUCAUUGGUGCCGGUGUCGAGGCCAAGCAUACCAACUUGCCGCCCAACGACUACGUCCGCAUCUUCAACGACUCGUCCGAGCGCUCGAUCAUGGACAAGGAGCUCGUCCACCAUACGCAGCCACACUCGACGUUGCCCGAGCUGACGUUUGGCAAGAAGCGUGCGGCGUCGUCGUCGACGCAGUUCAAGAUGGUCACGCAGCGCUUCUUCCGCAUGUACUGGCGCACGCCCACCUACAAUUUUACGCGUGCCAUGAUGUCGCUCGUGCUCGCAAUCCUCUUUGGUCUUGUGUACCGUGGUGUCGACUACGCGACGUACAUUGGCGCCACCGGUGGCGUCGGCAUGGUCUUCAUGACGUCGCUCUUCGUUGGUUUGAUCUCGUUCAACAGUGUGCUGCCGCUCGCCUCGGAGGAACGCGCGUCGUUCUACCGCGAACGCGCCUCGCAGACGUACAACGCGCUCUGGUACUUUAUUGGCUCGACGCUCGUGGAGAUCCCGUACUGCGUGGUCUCGACCUUUGUCUUUACGAUCAUCUACUACCCGUUCGUGGGCCUCAACGAAUCGGUCGGCGCGUGCCUCUUUUACGGCCUCAACCUCUCGCUCCUCGUCUUGAUGAACGUCUACUUUGGUCAGCUCAUGUCGUACUGCAUGCCCCGCGUCGACGUUGCUGCGCUCAUGGGUGUCCUCCUCAACUCGAUCUUCUUCCUCUUCAUGGGCUACAACCCGCCCGCGUCGCAGAUCCCGAACGGCUACCGCUGGCUCUACCACAUCACGCCGCCCAAGUACUCGGUCGCGCUCCUCGUCGCCGAGACGUUUACCAAGUGCACGGACGACACCCAGAUCGGCUGCAAGUUCAUGCCGGAGGACGGCAUUCCGCCGAGCCUCUUUGCCGAGUUUGGCACCAAGAAGAUUCGCGUCAAGGACUAUGUCGAGAAGGUCUACGAGAUGAACUACGACGACCGGUGGGCCAACUUUUUCGCGGUCAUUGGCUUCAUCCUGCUCUGGCGCAUCCUCGCGCUGCUUGCGCUGCGCUACGUCAACCACCAAAAGAGAUAGGCCGUGACCGCUCAUGAAUACAUAUCCUGUACGUGUUUCCAAC